UGGAAACUAUGAAUCAAAAAUUUAAAGAAAUAACCGAGUAUCUUGUUUAACAAAAAGGAUGGACAAAAGAAUAAGCUGAAGAAAUAGGACCUUAGUGUUAAUGGAAUCGUUCUUUAAUGGAAAAAGCUUAUGCGGAUUUAUGUCUCGAUAAAUAAAAUUUAAAGGUAUCUCAAAAUUCCUUGCUAUAGAAUGUAUUUAAAAAUUAUCAUGUAGGAUUUUUAAGUUUAGAAUUAUAAUUAAUGGGAAUUGGAUGAGAAUGAAUAAUAUGAAUAAGCAUUAAAAGCAUCACAAUAUUAAUAAGAUACUCAGCCAGCAUCAAAAAGAAAGAAAUAUGAUGAUUAUCCAGUAGGGAUGUAAAACCUGGGUAAUACUUGCUAUCUUAAUUGCCUAAUAUAGCUUCUCUUCUACAAUCCUAAAUUAGUGGAAUAAAUUUUGUAAUAUAAAAUACCAGAGUCAAGUUAAUCUGGGGAAAUACUUUAAAUCAGCAAAAAAUUUAUUAUUGAACUUUAGGUAGUAUUCUCAAAUUAAAUAAUGUCGAAUUAGAAAUACUUUAAACCGUCAUAAUUUAAUGAUGCUGCAAAAAAUUUAGAGAAAAAAGUUAAAAAUAUUAUUCAAUAGAAUAAUGAUUUUAUGGAUGUAAGCGAAUAUUUUGCUGUGUUGAUGGAGCUUAUAGAUUUAUCUCUCAAUAAGCAGUUCAUAAAGUAACAUAAUAAAUUGACAAUAUUUUAAAAUGAAUAAUUAGAGAAGCAAUAUAUUAUAAAGUCAGAGGAAUAGCAUUAAUUUCUAUGGGAAAUGGGUAUAAAAAAUUAUUAGAUAUAUAAUUUUUUGAAUAAAGAGAUCAUAGAAAACCAACGUAAAAUAAAAGAGUUACCAGAAAAUCUAGUAUUUUCUUUGGAAAGAAAUAUUCAAAAAAAUAAUAGAAAAAUAGAAAAAACUGAAGAGAAAUUUUAUUUUCCAAAUAAUUUACAUUUAGAUUUUAUUUUAGGUGAUAUAUAGGCUUCUCAAAAGGUUGAAAAAUACAUAAAAGAGCAAUUAAAGACAUUGGAAGUGUAUUAAUAAUGUAUAUAAUUGAUAUGAUUAUAAAAGUAAAUAAGCAAACUGAAGCAUUUGAGAAAGUUUUGAUUUAUUAUGAAUCAUUACCUAUGUUUGAUGCGUUUAUUUUAAGAAAUUUGAAGUUUGAGUACUAAAAGAAAGUUGAAGAAUUGAAUAAACAAUUUCCAUUAAAUUAUGAGUUUUUGAAUUAGGAGUUGCAAAACACUUCUAAGAAUCUUUAUUAAUUAGCUUAAAUAGUUGUUCAUACAGGUAGUAUAUUACAUGGUCAUUAUUAUUUAUAUUAAUACAAUUUCUAUUUAAAGAAAUGGUUUAAAUAUAAUGAUACAGAAGUGGUAAUAUAAACAGAGCAAGAAGUGAUGGCUGAUUCUAUAAAAAAUGGAAAUAUAUUGAUAUACUUGAGUUAGGAAUAAAAAAGAGAAGUAUAUAGUUAUUAGAAAGAAUUGAAUGAAAUUGAUAAAAUUCGAGAUUAGUUAAAACCUAAUAAUAAUGUUAACAAUUUGUUGAAAAAGAUUCCUAAAGAAAUAUACGAGAAUAUAUUAAAAGAAAAUGAAUAAUUCUUAAAUAAAUAUGGAGAGGAGAUUAAAGAUUGUUGA